AUGCCCGGCCCUCGCCAGCUGGUUUUCUCUUCUCUCCUCAGGACUGUGACCUAUUCGCAAGAUUCUUCCAUGAAUUCGAGCAAAGCUUCUUCCAAUACUUCGAUCGCCCAGGACGCGUCCUUUGCCUUCUGGUUCCCGAUAGCCUGCACGCUAGUCGGGGUCCUUUUUACUAUAUUCGCUUUUCUCCUCGCCGUUUUUACCACGUUUCGCAGGCGUGAUCCGUUAACAACACGCCUCGACCAAAUCCUGGCCGUCCUCAGGACCAUAGGAGAGUCAGGCGACCUCCGGGUAGUACGAGACGACGUCGCGGAGUUGAGGAAGGCAUUAAACGCUCCGGGGCUCGCCUUCCCCAGCGAUAUGCUCACACCUUACCGUCGGUGCUGGGGUUCAGUAACCUCAUUAGAGGCGAAGCUAGGAUGA